UUGAAGGGUCACUUUGUACAGACUCAUUGUCUUGGAGGACGAGGGAUUGAUUGUCUUAAGGUUUCUGGACGCUACAUUCUGCUCUCCUUAUACUAAAGCAUGUCUCAGAGGAGUAAAACGUCUUCUAAGGAAAGCACCUCCUCCGGUCAUCAGUCUUCAUCAGAUGGAUCUUCUCUACGCUCUGCUUUUCGAAACUCCUCCAAAGACUCAAAAACAUCAGCAGACCUCAAAGGCUCUGAUAAAAAAGGACAACGCGGCGGUAGAUCCCUCAACCAGAAUUCAGCAAUCACCGCUGCAUACACACAAUACCUCAAUGCUCUAUUUGGACAGGACAGAGAUUUACUGCCAGAGGAAUUAGAUGAGCUGCUUAUAGCAUUUAAAGAGUUUGAUUAUGAUCAGGAUGGAUACCUACACUAUAAAGAUGUUGCGGACUGCAUGAGAACUAUGGGAUACAUGCCAACAGAAAUGGAACUGAUUGAGAUCAUUCAGCAAAUCAAAAUGAAAUGGGGAGGACAUGUGGACUUUGAUGAUUUCUGUGAGUUAAUGGGUCCCAGGAUGUUAGCUGAGACUGCACAUAUGGUCGGGCUGAGAGAGCUGCGCUGUGCUUUCAAACAGUUCGAUUCUGACGGUGAUGGACGGAUCACUUUCGAGGAGCUGAAGGAAUCGACAAAGACGUUGCUCGGGGAAAAACUAAAGAAAGGAGAACUGGAAGAAAUUCUGACAGACAUCGACCUCAAUGGAGAUGGAAACGUGGACUUUGAUGAGUUUGUAAUGAUGCUGUCUAUUCGGUAGCUGGUUUUCCAUAUUUGAGAGCUGAAUGGAUCAUCAUCCCACCUAUGCCGUCACUAAAGUUGUGAAAUACGUAUACAUAUUUUUUUCUGCUUUUUUAUUCAUUUAUUAAUUUAGUACUCAUUGUCAUGGACUACAAGAUGCAGUGCAAAACAAUAUAUUAUCUGUAAAAAAGUUUGUAUAGCUGAAAAUCAUGACUUCCUGUCGUCAGAAUUAGUCAGUAGCCUCUUUCACAUAGUCAUUUCGGUAAAUUGUCAUACAUUUACCAGAAUGAAUUUACCAGUAAAUACAAAAAUGUGCUGUUCACACACGCAGUGACCGUCCGCCUUUUUACCAGACAUCAUUCACAAGUUACCUGUGGCACGCAGCGAGCUCAGUGUUGUAUUUGUAAACAAUGCCGGGUUAUGACUUCGCUGACUGUCGCGAAGUUGCUCGUGACCAAACAGCAUUGCAUAACUUACCUGUCAUAUGCAUUAGGCGACGUCAAACGGAACCUGCGUCUUAAACA